UCAUGCACACGAGCCUGGCGUAGGUAGUCGGACAGCUUCACACGAAAGCUGACCGGGCUAGAUGCCGUAUCAGAAACGACGGCCUGGAGGAUGCGGCAUGGGCCAAAGAAGUGACGCCGAAACUUGCGAAGCGUGUCCGCUUCAAGCGGCUAUGUGCUCAUGUGCGGUCUUCAUAAUCGACGUCAUGUGUGCAACCCAAUCAUUCAGCGCGGGACAACUCGUGUCGGGGUGCAUCUGGGACGGUCGAAGGAAGUCCGCGAGAACACGCGGGUGAUAGCCGAGAUCGCAAUAGUAAGGCGACAUCCUCGUGGCUGGCGAGACGGCGUGGUUGUAGGCUAUAUCCGCGUGGGCAAGAUGGAGAUCCCACUGCUGGUCGUCACGAAAAAUCUUUCGGAGAAUAUCCCCGAGAGUCCUGUUUGUGAUCUCGGUCUGACCAUCAGUCUGAGGAUGGUAAGACGAGGCGAAGCGGAGCUGAGUGCCGUGCACCUCGUGGAGCCGUCGCCAGAAUCGGCUGAGACGAAGAGUUCCAUCCGCUUUGCGAGCAAAGAGGACGGGUGCACCCCACGGGGAGUUGCUGGGUUUAAUGAAACCCAGUCUCAGAAGCUCCUCAAGCUGACGCUUGAGUUCGGUGGCCUCAGGGAUCGAGAGUCUGUAGGGUGCCUGGUGGUGAACACGAUAUUCAGCCACGAGCUUAUUGGAGUGCUCGACGUCACGAAUCGGUGGGAUGCCGGCGUACGAGAAGGACGAUGGGAAAACGUCGUGGUACUCUUGGAUGAGGUCACGAACUGCGGGCUCCAAGUUAGCCGUAUAUCGUGCGAGUUCCUCAGCGUCAGCGACGGCGGGGUGGACUCGACGGACGGCGGAGGGACGGAAGUAGAGAUGGGAGCCAUGGAGAUAGAGGGGGGAUCUGGGUCCAGAGGGAUGAGCUCGGCGUCGGGACAUGGUGGGUCAUAGUGUAAGAGAUCCGUCACGUCCACCAUAAAGAAGGUGACGUCGUCCUAUCGAAUGAAGUGAGCGAACUGUC